GAAAUCCUUUCUUUGGGUUUGCGUCUGCACGAGGGAUGCAAUAGAAUUUGCAUUUGUAUUUGCAUGAACAUUACACUUACGCAUAGAAGUGCUAUUUCGUGCUAGAACUGCUACUCUUGCCGCAUGAAGCGAUUAAAUUCAAUUUGGGAUUUACUCUUGGCUUCUGUAGACCCGAUAAAAAACGAUUCUAAGAAUCUGUGUAGUGUUAUUUAAAUCACAGUUUAUAACAUGCAUAUUAUGUAUUCGUUACACUAAACAACUUUGAGAUCGGUGAAAAAUGUAAUAGGAAGAAACUAACAACCUGCAAUAAUGUGGUGUAGCAAGUAUAUUCACUUUAGUAUGAAAGCCCUGACAACAUACAGAGCAAUCUCUAAUGUUGCCAGUGUGAAUAAAAAUAUCAAUGAGCUGGUGCUGCUAGAUCAGAAAUAUGUAACAGACAAUUGGACAAACAUUACUCCAAAUGUUAUCGCUAAGUUAGAGAGAAAUUUGCAUGUCAAACAGUAUCAUCCACUGUCACACUUGCGCCAGCGUAUUGUAAACUAUUUUUACAAACAGUUUCACAACAGGAAUGGAACACCAGCUUUUAGCAUCUACGAUAACAUAUGCCCUGUAGUUACAACUAGUCAAAACUUCGAUUCUCUGUUUGUGCCGAAAGAUCAUCCCAGUAGAAAAAAGAGCGAUUGUUACUAUGUAAACCAAGACACGCUGCUCAGGUCGCACACAACCGCGCAUCAAGCAGAAUUGAUUUCAAUGGGUUUGAAUAAUUUUCUCGUUAUUGGCGAUGUAUAUCGGCGAGAUGAGAUCGACAGCACACAUUAUCCAGUCUUUCACCAGGCUGACGCAGUCAGAUUAUGUACGUUGCAAGAGAUAUUUCAUGAUGUAAACGAUUCCGAAGGGCUAAAAUUAUUCGAGCACUCAAGUAUAGAAACUACUAACAAGCAAAGUUGUCAUACUUUAGAAGCAGUGAAGAUAAUGGAGCGGGAAUUGAAAAGCACUUUAAUCGGUUUAGCGCAAACUAUCUUUGGGAAAGACGUGCAAUGUCGGUGGGUUGAUCAAUACUUCCCAUUCACUCAUCCAUCUUGGGAGUUAGAAGUAUUGUUUAACGAUAAAUGGCUCGAGAUGUUGGGUUGUGGUAUCAUGCGCCAAGAGAUCCUGCAGAAAUCUGGCGCUGUUGAUCGGAUCGGAUGGGCGUUUGGUCUUGGCUUGGAACGCUUAGCUAUGCGCUUAUACAGCAUACCGGACAUACGAUUAUUUUGGAGCGAGGACAUUAGUUUUAUAAAUCAGUUCAAAGUAGACAAUCCUGACACUUCUAUAGAAUAUAAGCUUAUAAGUAUAUUUCCUCCUUGUACGAACGACAUAAGCUUCUGGUUACCGCAAGACGAGAGUUAUUCCCCAAGUGACUUCUACGACAUAGUACGGGAAAUAGGUGGUGAUGUCGUUGACCAAAUCAUUUUGAAAGACCAGUUCGUUCAUCCGAAAACGAAGAAGAUAUCUCAUUGUUACAGUAUAGUGUACAGACAUAUGGAACGCACUUUAACUCAGAAAGAAGUCAAUGAGAUUCACAGUCAAGUGGAAAAAGUAAUAGCUGCUAAACUUAAUGUGACUGUUAGGUAGAAUUAAGAAUAAAAU